AUGUUUUGGACAUUUGAAAAUCAUUUUUUGGCUUUAAGUUGGAAGUUUAAGUUUUUGACAGAAUAUCUUGGUGAGCUAAGUUUAUUGGAAUAUGAAUGUUUGAAGUUCUUGCCUUCCUUUGUGGCUGCUUCUAUCACAUUGCUUGCUAAAUUCAUUGUUUGGCCUGAAAAACGUCCAUGUUGGACAUCAACACUAGAAGAAUACUCUGAGUAUAGCUCAUUUGAGUUGAAAGAAUGUGUUCUCAUCUUACAUGAUUUGUAUAUGUCUAAAAGGGGAGCAUGUUUUAAAGCUAUUCGAAAGAAAUAUAGCCAACAAGAGGAGGAGCCUGAUAAUCCAGAGUUCGAUCCCGAGUUGCAAAAUGUGGCAAACCUUCCUUCGCCUUCUAAGUUACCAAGUUAUUUGUUUGAAGUUGAAGUAGAGUUUCGACUAAAAAAUAAGAAGUUGAAAGAAGAGUGAGGGAGUUUGGAUGAAACUUGUAAUUUUUUGAAGUGGUUGGUUCAAUGAUUUUUUUUUUUGGUUCAAUGAUUUUGAACAAUGAGCAUUCUACAUGGGAUGGCGACUUAACCAAAUAGCAAUAGGAGCAAUGUCUUUGACUAU